AUGUGGACAGUAAACCGCUUGAUGGCGGACAACGGCCAAUUGCUAGCUCUCGAAAAUAUCGGAAAUGUUGGAUACAUAGCAGUGGAGUCUAAGUCUGCAAUCAAGUAUCUCGGUAUCAUGAUCUACCGCAGGCUAAACUUCGGGGCGCAGAUCCAGCAAACUUCAGAUAAAUCUGCGAAGAGAAUUACUUUCCUGAGUAGGCUUAUGGGCAACGUCACCGGGUCCAAUGCCAGUAAGCGCCGAUUGCUAAUGAUCGCGGUACAGUCUGUACUCCUCUACGGUGCUAAAGUGUGGGCGGACUUGCUUAGCAAGGAGUCGUAUCAGGACCGCAUGGCGCAGGUACAGAAGAGAGCAACGCUUAGAAUAGUUUUUGCUUACAGGACGGUGUUUGAAUCAGCCAUACUAACAAUCAAAGAAGUUAUACCAAUUGCGCUCUUGGCGCAAGAAAGUAAGGCGGUGCACCUCAGGAAAAUCGAGGUUGAAAAGGCGGUAACAAGCAAAGAUUAG